AAGAGGCUUAGUACUAGACAGGGAAGGGGCGGCUGAGAAUGGGAGGUGGCCACAAUGCCGCGACCAUGCAGGAGAUCCGGUUUCUGGAGGAUGGGCUUCGGCAGUCCCACGACAUGACCCGGCAGCUGAACGCCAGCUACCAGGAAGCUAAAGAGCUUCUCCGGCAAAACUCCGAGCUCCUCAGCGCCCUCAGGCUGCUUGAUCUGCCGGAGGAGGUGGGCGUUGCCAUGGAUCGUUUCGAGGAGAUGUCGAGGCCCCGUGAUUACGUGCAGCUCCCUGGUGAGGCAGGAGAAGCGGACAAUGGCUUUGAGCAGGAACGCAUGAAGCGCUUCAUUCAUUUGAUGAAGGUCAUCGAACGCCACCAGCUAAGCCGCUGCAAGGGCAGUACUGGCCGCUCGCGCCGGGUGCCGGCGGAAGAGCUGCCCUACCCGGCGGACACGUCGCCCACCAGCGUGGAACGGAUUAUUGCCCUCCAAGAUCAGGAAUCCAUAUGGGACCGCUUGAAGGCUUACUGGAUUGAGAUUACAAGCCUGGAGCCAAGCUGGUGAACCUAGGGAAGGUCCUAUGGAGUGACGCAGAACUUAGCAGAGUGGCAGAAAGGAAUUUGGAACUGCAUGCUUGAAUUUGUCUCUCAUCCUGUGUGAUGGUCUGGAGCGGAGACUACUC